AUGGCCGAUAUCACUCAAGUCUUCUCUAAGGACGCAGCUCCGCCUGCUGGCCCAUACUCCCACGCCAUCAAGACGCCCACCGCCAUCUACUGCUCCGGUCAGAUUCCAUGUGAUUCUAACGGAAACCUAAUUGAGGGAACGAUUGGCGAGAAGACAGCUGCUUGCAUCUCAAACUUGAAGGCUGUUCUUACCGCUGCUGGUUCUUCCAUCGAGCGAGUUGUCAAGGUCAACAUUUUCCUUGCUGACAUGUCUCUGUUCGCCGACAUGAACAAGGAGUACGAGAAGUGGUUCACUCACAAGCCCGCUCGUAGCUGUGUGGCUGUUAAGCAGUUACCCAAGGCUGUCGAUGUUGAGAUCGAGUGCAUUGCCCUCCCGUGA